AUGGCUGAACUCAAGGAUAUCGAGGCGGGAGAUAUCCCUUCUCCGGUCUCACCGGUCUCCGGUAUUCACACUGCGGACCGUGGAAAUAUUGACACCACAGAGAAGGGAAUUCCACUCGGAAUGCUAGGAUCUGAAAAGUCCAUGUCCACCCAGCGUGACGAGAACGCACCAGCAGAAGCCGAUCCGAAUCUCGUCGACUGGGACGGCCCCGAAGACCCCGAAAAUCCCAUGAAUUGGCCGUCGUGGAGAAAGAUCUUUACUGUUGGUAUCGUCAGCGCAAUCACAUUCAUAACCCCACUAGCAUCCUCUAUAUUCGCGCCAUCAAUACCCCAGGUAAUGACCGACUUCGACUCAACCUCCCAUGAGCUUGCUGCCUUUGUCGUAUCUGUCUACGUCCUCGGCUUUGCCUUCGGUCCACUUCUCCUCGCUCCGGCAUCCGAGUUCUGGGGCCGCAACCUUAUCUACAACUUCUCCAACAUCUGCUUCAUCGGGUGUACAGUUGCCUGCGCCGAGUCCAAAUCGCUCCCCAUGCUGACGGCGUUCCGCUUCUUUGCUGGUUGCUUUGGCUCUGCACCGCUGACCAUUGGUGGCGGCACGAUUGCGGACGUUAUACCACUGGAGCGGCGAGGCGCGGCGAUUGCGCUGUUUGCACUUGGUCCUAUUUUGGGGCCUACUAUUGGGCCAGUUGCGGGCGGCUUUUUGGCAGAGGCGAAGGGUUGGAGAUGGGUGUUUUGGCUGAUUUGUAUACUGAGUGGAUUUGUUUCGCUGCUCUCGCUAGUGUUCCUAAAGGAGACAUAUGCACCGACGAUUCUGGCGGCAAAGGCGAAGAGGUUGAGAAAGGAGACUGGAAAUGACAAACUGAGGAGCAAGAUGGAGAGCCCACUUCCCAAAAGCGAAAUUCUUGCCAGAUCUCUCGUCCGGCCGAUCAAGAUGCUCUUUCUGAGUCCCAUCGUUCUACUUCUAUCCAUCUUCGCCGCCGUCUGCUACGGUUACCUCUACCUCCUCUUCACCACCUUCCCCACCGUCUUCGAGGGCCAAUAUCACUUCAGCACCGGCACCGUAGGCCUCGCCUACAUCGGUCUCGGCGUCGGCUCCCUCACCGGCCUCAUUAUAUCCGGCGUCUUCAGCGACCGCAUCCUCAUCGCCAAGAAGAAGAAGUACGGCGUGCUCAAGCCCGAGUAUCGCCUUAUCCCCAUGUCGUACCUCGCGCCCUGCAUCCCCAUCGGCCUGUUCUGGUACGGCUGGGCCGCGUACGCAGAGACGCACUGGAUCGUGCCCAUCAUCGGCACCACAUUUGCCGGUAUCGGCAUCCUCAGCACCUUCAUUGCUGCGGAGUAUCUUGGGGGGGUGCUGCCGCUUGCGGGAAGCAAGAUGUAUGAGCAGCUCGGAUUGGGAUGGGGGAACAGUCUGUUGGCGUUUAUUGCGCUGGCGAUGUGUCCGAUGCCGGUGCUGUUUAAUAUGUAUGGCGAGCGGAUCAGGAAGCGGUACGACGUCAAGUGGUAA